CCCUCAACCUCUCAAAGGCUCAAUUCCGAAAAUCCCAUUCCCAGCCGCAGCCCACGAGGCCUCCGACUCCGAGUGCUUUCUUCGUUUUCAUGUACUGAUUUUUUUGCUCUCUGAUUUCUGCCAAUUCCUUCAUCACUAAUCUCGCUCUGUGGGCAAUGGAAUCCUCCACCGUUGAAAAGCUCUCCGAUCUCAGCAUCGGCAGCGACGAUUGGGCUGCUUCAGCUCCGAAUCUCCGAAAGAAUCUCCAGAUCCUGUCUCCGGAACAGAUUGAACUUGCAAAAAUGUUAUUGUGUGAGGGACAGAGCCAUCUUUUUUCUCAUUGGCCAGAGCCAGGUGUUGAUGAUAGGAGUAAACUGAGUUUCUUUGAACAGGUCUCGCGGCUUAAUGCAAGUUAUCCUGGUGGUUUGGUAUCAUAUAUCAAAAAUGCAAGGAGCCUACUAGCGGAUUCAAAAGCUGGAAAAAAUCCAUUUGAUGGCUUUACUCCUUCGGUUCCAUCAGGCGAAGUAUUAACCUUUGGUGAUGAUAACUUUAUGAUGUUGGAAGAAGAAGGCAUUAGAGAAGCACAGAAUGCUGCAUUUGUUCUUGUCGCAGGUGGGCUUGGCGAACGGCUUGGGUACAAGGGGAUUAAGUUAGCUCUUCCUUCAGAAAUCACGACAGGGACAUGCUUCUUGCAGCAUUACGUAGAGUCAAUUCUUGCUCUUCAGGAGGCUAGCUGUAAACUCUCUCCAGGAAAAUGUGAUGCUCAGAUUCCUUUGGUGAUAAUGACAUCUGAUGACACUCAUGCACCCACUUUACAGCUGUUGGAGUCGCAUUCUUAUUUUGGAAUGAAGACAGACCAAGUCAAACUUCUUAAGCAGGAAAAAGUAGCUUGCUUAGCUGAUAAUGAUGCAAGGCUUGCCUUGGAUCCCAAUGACAAGUACAAAAUUCAGACAAAACCUCAUGGUCAUGGGGAUGUUCAUGCACUACUUCAUUCUAGUGGGGUUCUGAAUCAAUGGAAAAAUUCGGGUGUGAAAUGGGUUUUAUUCUUUCAAGAUACGAAUGGAUUACUCUUUAAGGCAAUACCAGCUUCAUUGGGUGUAAGUUCGAUCAAAGGAUACCACGUAAAUUCACUUAGUGUUCCUCGCAAAGCAAAAGAAGCUAUUGGGGGAAUAACUAAGCUUACUCAUGCUGAUGGGAGGACGAUGGUUAUUAAUGUGGAGUACAAUCAGCUUGACCCCUUGCUUAGGGCUACUGGACAUGCUGAUGGAGAUGUUAAUUGUGAAACAGGCUAUUCUCCCUUCCCUGGAAACAUAAACCAGUUAAUUUUGGAACUCGGACAAUACAUUGAAGAGUUAAAUAAAACCAAAGGCGCGAUUGCAGAAUUUGUGAACCCUAAAUACAAGGAUUCUACCAAGACAUCAUUUAAAUCAUCAACUCGAUUGGAGUGUAUGAUGCAAGAUUAUCCAAAAACACUGCCUUCAUCAGCGAGGGUUGGCUUUACGGAGGAAUAUGGCAAAAAAGCAAAGGGUAAGAGUCUUGAGUGCAGAACAGGAGGGACGGGAGUGGAGGAAGAGAAGACAAAGCAGAUGGUCAUGGAUGCUUGGCUUGCAUAUGCACCUGUAAAGAACAACCCUGAAGAUGCUGCCAAGGUACCCAAGGGAAAUCCUUACCACAGUGCAACUAGUGGAGAAAUGGCCAUCUACAGGGCGAAUAGCCUCAUUCUAAGAAAGGCUGGAGUCCAAAUUGCAGAUCCUGUAGUCGAUGUGUUCAAUGGACAAGAGGUGGAAGUGUGGCCUCGCAUCAUGUGGAAGCCUAAAUGGGCACUAAUCUUUUCGGACGUAAGGAAAAAAGUGCUCACGGGAUGUUCUGUAUCUCAAAGAUCUACUAUGGUAAUCAGUGGGCAAAAUGUAUUCCUUGACGGCCUCUCCUUGGAUGGAACAAUUGUGAUCAAUGCAAUUAGCGGAGCAGAGGUGAAACUGACUGGGAGUGUGCAAAACAAGGGAUGGAUCCUGAAGCACAUAGAUUACAAGGACAGCUCCUUUCCAGAGGAAAUGCGAAUCAGAGGCUUCAUAAUUGACAAAGUCGAGCAGCUGGUGAUGAACUAUACCGAACCAGGGAAGUUCUGCAUUGGUUCGUAGAUGUAUUGUUUUCAGGCCUUUUUAUCUUGGAGACUGUCAUGUAAAUUUUUAAUUAGGGUUUACUGCUGAAUUUAAAAAAAAAAGGGUUAUUAUUCUUUGUCACCACCAGAGCUUGGUUCUGGGAGUGGUAUUAAUUUCCUAGGUUAAACCUAGAAGUAAUAAUGUCUUUUUCCCGAAUAAAGAAUAGUGGCUUGCACGAGUCGUUUCAAUGUUUUAACUGAUAAUGAAACAGCACUCUUUCAGGAACAAAUCUCGUAACCUUCUGUGGUUUA